GAUUUGUUUCUGGUUCGGGUUUGGUUCUCAUAGUUUUGGGUUAGGUUCGUUUUGGAUAAUAAAACUAGUAAGGGAAAAUACCAGAAAACAAAAUUUGCUCUGCUUGGUUCCUAUUUGGUUAUUUUGGAUAAUUCAGAUAUAUCAGGUAUUUUGGAUAGAUUAUCAAAUAAAAAUGUUGGAUAAUUAAAAUUAUUUUGGAUAUUUUGGAUUAAAAUUUGGAUAGUUUCGGAUAAUUUCGGAUAAUACUUUGUAAGAGUUUUUUUCGAAUACUUUUAGUUAACUUUUAAAUUAUAUAUAUAAUAUAUAAUAUUUAUGUUAUAUGUAUAUGUAUAUAUAAUUAUUUUUAUAUAUUUCGGCUAUCCCUUCGGUUUUCGGUUUGGUUCUGUUAUGUUGACUUUAGAAAUAUAGAAACCGUUCGGAUCUGAGAGUUUUCAUCCAGUUCUAGUUUUGGGUAUUUUGGUUCGGUUUUUUUUUUUAUCUAGUCCUAGUUGUGUUAUGAGGAAUGACAAAAAGAGUAUUUUACAAUAAGAGUACGAAUAUUACGGGAUGAUAGCUGUAGUUUUCAGAAUAUUAUAUUAGUUUGGAAAUGUGGAUCACUAUAAGAAUCUAUGAAACCUCAUUGAUUCACAUUUACAAAUUUGGAAUAAUUUUGACAGGUUCUUGGAAGAACAAUUAAGUUUAGUUUAUACAUAUGCCAUCAAGUUGACCUAACUGAUAAAUAUUAUAAUGGCUUUGUUGUAUUAAAUAACGAAAUCUGGAUUUGUUUAUGAUUAAAAAAAAUCGAAAUGCUUACGAAUAGGCUUACAACAUCGAAAAUGCUUGUGUAUAGGCUUACAACAUCGAAAACGAUUGGGACGAGGACACGCCCAGAGCAUCUUUCCACCUGAUUUCCACGAGCCUCCAGCAAUUUCUCUAAGCUGAGUCAUCUUUCAGUAUGCAAAUAAUAAUCUUAUUAUAGUUUUGAUACAUGUAAUGCUCGUGUUUGGGUUAUUGUACAAUAUUAUCGAUUGGUGACUGGUCCUACUUCGAUGUGGAACAAGGCUCUGGCUCGUGUCAACAUGCGCCAUCUAUGGAGACCUAGAUAAUUCUUUUGUUAGUAUGAGAAGUCGUUGUCUUAACGAAUACAACAAACUCCUAUUAUUCAGUUUCUUAAUUAAUAAUUAAAACAUAUAUUUUAUUUCUUUAACCAUUUGCCCGUAUACAAAUACGGGACUCAAUAAUCUUCCAAUCGAAACAGCUUCAAGAGAUAGAAAUUCUACAAAUAUCAUUAAUUAACCAAAAAUGUGUGCAUUAGUCCCUCCACUGUUCCCCGACUUUGGGUGGCCGUCGACGGCAGGUUACGAGAGGAGCUACUACCUCGGCGGAGAAAACCUCAACAACGACAUGUUUCUUGAUUUUCCGGUACUGGAAACUUAUGGAGUAUUGGCUCAUCAUCAGAACAGCUUAGGAGUUUCUGUUUCGUCGGAGGGAAAUGGAAUAGACAACAACCCGGUUGUUAAAAAGAAGCUUAAUCACAAUGCUAGUGAGCGUGACCGUCGCAAGAAGAUCAACUCUUUGUUUGCAUCUCUCCGCUCAUGUCUUCCAACCUCAGAUCAAUCGAAAAAGCUAAGCAUUUCAGCUACCGUUUCACGAAGCUUGAAGUACAUACCAGAGUUGCAAGAGCAAGUGAAGAAGUUAUUACAAAAGAAGGAAGAACUCUUGGUUCGAGUAUCAGGUCAAAGAGACAUUGAACUUUACGUUAAGCCACAACCAAAGACAGUCGCAAGUUAUGUCUCCACUGUUUCCGCGACUAGGCUUGGAGACAACGAAGUGAUGGUCCAAAUCUCAUCAUCCAAGAUUAAUAACUUCUCGAUAUCUAAUGUGUUAACUGGGUUAGAAGAAGAUGAUUUUGUUCUUGUGGAUGUUUCAUCUUCAAGGUCUCAAGGGGAAAGGCUUUUCUACACUUUGCAUCUUCAAGUAGAAAAUAUGGAUGAUCAUUACAAAAUGAAUUGCGAAGAGUUAAGUGAAAGGAUGUUGUACUUGUACGAGGAAUGUGAAAAUUCAUUUAGGUGAUUAAUUCAUAUAACUGUUGUACAUAGUUUAUUAUAAAAUCAGCAUAACUUAUAAAUUUA